UGAAGCGAAAAUGGCGGAUGAAGCAGAUAAAAGUAGACUGACGUCUGAGUUUAGUGAUGUUACAGGAGCCAGUUCUGAGCGAGCUCAAUUCUUCUUAGAGUCUAGUGGCUGGCAGCUCCAUAUUGCUCUCAGUAGUUUUACAAGUCAUAAUGUCAGAUCAAGCUCCAGAAUUGCUACUAUGGCAUCAUAUAAGGCAAGAGAACAUGAGAAUGACAGUGAUGAAGAACAAGGACAGGCAUUCUAUGCUGGCGGCUCAGACACAAGUGGACAGCAAAUACUUGGUCCAUCAAGAUCCAACAAGAACAGUGACAUAGCACAAGAUAUAUUUGAAGAAGCAAAAAGACUGGUGUCAAAGUUCAACCACGACCAAACCGUUGGCGAUGUACGAGCUUUUAUAACUGCUGCAAGACCUCAGAUGGCAGGAACAUCUUUUGUUCUCAUGACAACCUUUCCAAAUAAGGAAUUGAUGUCCAACCAACAAACCAUCCAAGAAGCAAAUUUACUUAACGCCGUUAUCGUUCAGCGGCUUAAAUAAGAUAUUCCUAAGAUGUUCAAAGCGGAUAUUACUACUGCACAGCGGUAGACCGAAGAAGCAGAGUUGUUGGAAGUAAAUCACGUGACAUCACUCCUUUAGUUGCAUGUCACUAUGACAAGCAUGUCCCACUAAUGUUUAUGACAACGCGUUUGCUUGGUAACUGCUGCGUGAUGGAGGACCCAGAACACAUCACAACAAAGUAAAAAUUACAAUUGUUGUUUUGUUUUG